UACUCCCUUAUGUCGGCCAACGUACGGCUUUGGUUUUAAAAAUCUUUGAAGAAACCCCAUAAGUGAGCCCUCUCUCUCUCUCUCUCUCUCUCUCUCUCUCUCUCUCUUCUUCUCUCAUCUAAUCACUGCUGAAGAAGAAGAAGCCUCAUUAUUAAGGUCACAAAUGGAUCAUAGUUCUGAGGAAGAAUCAGAUAUAAGUGAUUCUGAGAUCAAUGACUACGUAGAGAAACCAUAUCAAGAAAUAAAAGCAGGAAAACACAGAGUAUGUUACCCUAAUGACAUGUUCAGAUGCCCUUUUUGUAAGGGUAAAAAGAAACAGGAUUACCGCUACAAGGACUUACUACAACAUGCCUCCGGAGUUGGUAAAGGUUCAGCCAAUAGAAGCGCAAUGCAAAAGGUAAACCACCUAGCCUUGGCAAAAUAUUUGGAAUCAGAUCUGGCUGAUGCGUCCUCAGAACCUACGAAACCUGCGGUGCAGCCAGAAACUGUUUGUAACCCUCCUGAGCAAGAUGAUCUGUUUGUUUGGCCCUGGACUGGCAUACUUGUUAAUCUUUCUGCCAAACAAGAAGAUGAAAAUGCAUCACUAUUUAAGGACUUCUCCAAGUAUAAGCCUCUAAAAGUUCACACUAUGCGGAAUCAAGGAGACAAUAAUGGAUAUGCCAUAAUAGAUUUCAAAAAAGACUGGACAGGCUUCAAGGAUGCCAUGGCAUUUGAGAAAGCUUUUGAAGCUAGUCGGCAUGGUAAAAGAGGCUGGAAGGAAUGUGGGACACAUUCUGUUACAAGUGUUUAUGGUUGGUGUGCUCGUGCAGAUGAUUAUGAGUCCAAAGGACCAAUUGGGGAUCAUCUGCGUAGGAAAGGAGCCUUGAAAACUAUCUCUGAUAUUGUGGAAGAAGCUAGACAAGAAAAAGAUAACAUUGUAGCGGACCUAACCGACCAAAUUGAUGUCAAAAAUGAAGAUCUGAACAACAUGGAAGCUAAAUACAAUGAGUCAAGUAGAUCACUCACUAGGAUGAUGGAAGAUAAGGACAGACUCCAGCACGCUUACAUUGAAGAAAUGAGAAAACUUCAGCGGACAGCAAGAGAACAUACUAGAAGGGUUCUCUGGGAGAAUGACAAGCUGAAAGAUGAUCUGGACUCCCAGAGAAAACAGCUUGAGCUACGUUCAAAAGAACUGAACAAACAAGAAGCUUUAACUGAGCUUGAGAGAAGAAAGCUUGAUGAGGAGAUGAGUAAGAAUGACGUGAAAAAUAAUUCUCUUCAUAUGGCAUCUCUGGAGCAGCAGAAAGCUGAUGAAAAUGUGUUGCGGCUGAUUGAAGAUCAAAAGAGAGAAAAGGAGGAAGCCUUGAAUAAAAUUCUUCAACUAGAGAAGCAACUGGAUGCAAAGCAGAAGGUAGAGAUGGAAAUCGAGGAGCUGAAAGGGAAGAUACAGGUGUUAAAGCACAUGGGCGGAGAAGAUGAUGUAGCUGUUAAGCAGAAGAUACUAGAGAUGGCGAGAGAAUUGGAUGACAAAAUGGAUGAAAUGAACGAUGUGCAAUCAUUAAACCAAACCCUUAUUGUCAAAGAGCGUCAGAGUAAUGAUGAGCUACAAGAAGCUCGCAAAGAAUUAAUAUGUGGUUUAACGGACAUGUUGAGUAGUCGUACCACGAUUGGUAUCAAGAGAAUGGGAGAAAUUACUGACAAGCCAUUUUUAAAUGCGUGCAAGGAAAGAUUUUCAAAUGUAGAAGCAUCUCUCAGAGCUGCUCAAUUAAGCAUCAUAUGGCAAGAGUAUGUUAAGAAACCAGAUUGGCAUCCAUUUAAAGUCAUUGUUGAAGAUGGAGAGUCCCGAGAAGUAAUAGAUGAAAACGAUGAAAGGUUGAAAGAUCUUCGGAGAGAAUAUGGUAACGAGGUUUAUGAGGCCGUCACAACAGCCUUGAAGGAACUUAUGGAAUACAACCCCAGUGGGCGGUACAUUGUACCAGAGCUUUGGAAUUUUAAAGAAGGGAGGAAAGCCACGUUAAAGGAGGUAAUUGCGUAUAUAUUGAAGCAAUUGAAAUCGGCACCUAAGCGCAAAAGGUUUUGAGGAGAGGGUUUCUUACAUGCUCCGCUUUGCUGUCCAUGUGUUCAGCUUUUAAAUCAACUUCCUUUCGUUUCUUGUAACCCAUCUUCGUCUAAUCUUUGUCAUGUUCCAAUGGAGGAUCGAUCAUUUUGUUUAAUUUCCCCGGAUUUUCUAUUUUGGAUCAAACUUUAACUUUCCCAUCAUUGGUGGUGCUCUAUUAUCUGCCCCACAUGAUUGGGACAGUAUUCCAUGAACUUUCUUAUAUCUUGCCUGAAUUGCUAAAAAUAGCAGAAAGGCAGUUCGACUUUCAGAUUCCAUUA